GUCGACAAUCAGAAGGCACAACUGCCGAAAGUUCAAGUUCCCCUCUUCGAUGGCACCAAUGCCUCCGCAUGGGCGGACAAGUUUGAGCAAUUGGGCAGUUGUUGUGAAUGGACAAAUGAGAAGAUGCUUCAAAUGGGGAAGCGAUAUUGUAUGGUCGAGUCUAAAGAAGAGGUGUCGGAGUUGGUGCAAGCCUCGCGCGACUGGCCGGACUUCAAAGCCAAGUUAUUGGACAAGUACCAAUUGGGGGAUCAACUGCUCGACCUGGCGGACUUAUGGAAAGUUAGUCGUCGGAAGUUUGGUACGACCAAGCAGUUUCUCACAGAAUUUGAACGAGUCGCGCGCUUAGUGCCUGAUCUUCCUGAUAAGGAUCGGUGCCUCAUCUUCCUCGAAAACUUUUCAGAAGUUGAGCAGCGGGAAUUGAUGAAGGAUAUGACUGGUCGAUACGACUGGCCAAAGAUCAAGGAGAAUUUGUUGGCUGAAAGCUUCGACAAGAUGCUUUAUCGUCUCCUGAAGCAGCAAAAGGAGGACCGCGAGAAGGAACCGAUUAAGUUGGAAGCGGUGAUGAGGUCAUUGACGAUUGAAGAUGCCAAGGCCGGAGAUGAAGGUUUGAACAAGGAACAGGAAGAGAUACUGCAGCGGGCUCAGACAGUGGUCAGACAAAUGACUCGAUGCAGGGAAGCUUUCGUUCAAGUAUGUGCCGACAUGAAUGAAGAGUGGCCCGGGCUUCCCCUAGUUUUUCUGUUCGGGGGAUGGGACAGAGAUGGCCAAGGAGGUCUUACUGAUGUUAUUGCAUCACAGCCUGGAUCGCCGUCGGCAGGGCGUUUAAUGGCCACCACAGUCUUGUCCCGUCCUGCUUUCAAGCGACCUGCCACCGCUGGGCUCCCACAAGCUCGGAGGGCUCGAAGGCCGCCGCGGCCAAAGGCAGCGCCAGAAGAAGGGCCGAGUCAGCCCCGGAAAACCGAGACAAUUCCGAUUGAAGAAGACGAUGGCGAGGAGGACGAAUUGUUGCGGGCCGAGGAUGAGCGGCAGGCCAAACAGCGAGCCAUGGAGAGGGAGCCAGAAACGGGCAAGACCGAUGUUGGGGAAGGAGAGCUGAAAAAGAAGAAGCAAGUCUACACAAUUCCAGUAGAGCAAGGGCUGGAUAUUGAGCAAAUCGUGGACCGGAUUUUGAAAAGCCAGCGCGAUUUGUUCACGCUCAAGGAGUUAUUGGCUGCGUCGCCCAAAAUUCGAGAGGAGUUCAGACACUGACUGUCAAGGAAAAAGGUUAUGACGGUUAAGAUGAGUGAUAUCUUUCCUCAAGAGAUUAGUUGGGCUCCGCCUGGGACAAAAAUGGACUGACACUGUGUAGCAACUGGGUUGUUGAAGGUGCAAGUUGGGCCGUGCGAAUACUCGGCGCUCAUCGACGAUGGAGCUGAGAUAAACAUCAUACGUGUGGCUCAAAUUUACCAGCUUGUAAUUGCUGAAUCAAUUUUGAGAACCAGU